UGGGCUUCAUUUGGCGUAAACCCCUCCCGAUGUUGGAAAUAAAGAGAACGCUGACUCGUCGGAACACAUGACGUGUUUCCACUGAUCAGCCAUCCACGAUUUACGCUCCCGGCACCAUGUUUUACGCUUCUUUGCGUUGGUUGUCGCCACUAAUGGUUUCGGUAUAGCAGCUCGUCCACGAAUAUUCGCUUUAUGGAGUUCUCAGUGGACAGUUUCGAUAGAUACGGGGUGUCGAAUAUGGCUAUUGAGCUCUGCAGUCACUUUAGCCGCCGUAGUUUAGUGCUGUUUUCACACAAUUCGUGUGAUUGGACUUGGUGACAAGAAAUUUUAGUCUCCGAGACUCGAUAUGUAUAAAGUACAAAUAUGCACACGAUGGCAUGUAGAUGUGCCCAGAUGGACACAUCACCAAACCAAUCGCUUCCCAACGUAAUUAGACACUGAAACAGAGUAUAUUUCUGGAGAUAUCAUUAGUAACAGCAUCUCUGUUGGCUACUAUAAAACAAAUAGUUAAAUGCAUCUGAAUACUAUAACAAUUAUUUGUAGUAGCAUAAGUACAGAAAAAUGCCGCUGUUACAGGCAAGCACACCCCCAUCCCUCGCUCCCUUUCGGCGAAUCAUCAGCUCGUAAUGUCACAUACAACAGUUCCUCUUGAAAAAAAUAAAAAUAAACCCAAGUUGAUAUCAAUAUGACAGCAACUAAUAUGGCUAUGAAAAAAGACUACGCGUCAUUUAGACAACACUUUUCCACAAUUAAUUUGGCGUAAGCAAGAAUUAGUGUCGUAAACUGUUUCAGAUACUGCUUAGCUGAAUUAGGCGGUGUCUAUUGGGCGGAACAAUGUGAUAUAUAUCUUGUAAGAAACUGAAUCAUAAAUAGUGUGAAAUAUUAAUCUACACUAGCUAAUUUACAUUAAAUCUUGCUGACUAAAAAUUACUUGUAACUAUAUUUAUCACAGGUUGUUCUACAGGGUACAAAUUUUUUGAAGGUAUUUAGAGGAAAAAGUUGUUUACCUGGCCUUAUAACUUCUUCCUGGCAUUAUGUGCGGCAGAAGCGUUUGGUGGUUCAUCUGCAUUUUUGUGGCGAUAGUCACAGAUGCCAGCCUCAGUGACCCGGUCUCCAAUACAGGAUCUGAUUCUGAAGUCGCAGACAAUCGUUUAAGAACCGACAAGGGAGUGGAACCAGUUCAGAGGGUUAAGGAGACCGCAGCUGUGGAUCUGGCCGCCCUUCUGGACGCUGGGGACAGCGCAGUGGUAACGCUGGUGGCAGGCGACACACAUCUGGUGGCGCACAGGGCCGUCCUGAUUGCCAGGAGCACUGUGUUCGCCGCCAUGUUGCGCAACAACACGCUGGAGGCCAGCAGCGGCCACGUUGCCAUCUCAGAUGUGGAGGCUCCAGUGCUGCGCCACCUGCUAGCCUACAUGUACACACUCCAGGCCCCCCAGCUGCACAGCAUGGCCCCGCAGCUGCUGGCCGCUGCUGAAAGAUAUGGACUGUCUGCCCUGAAGGCAGAGUGUGAGCAGCUGGUAGCUGCACGAGUGUCUGGGGGGAGUGCGGCGGCCACAGCCGUCCUCGAAGUCAGGCGCUCCUCUAACAGCCUGAGGCAGGCCGUGGUUGACUUCAUAAAGGCUCACCUGCUCCACGUGAUGGGACAGACCCUGCACAGCCAGCGUGAAGAUCAGGUGGAAGUGAGCCGCCAGCUGUCUGUUCCACCAUCAAAAGCCAGCUCGCCAGCUACUGCAGACAGCCGGACGACCCCCUCCACUCAGCCACCCAGUGACCACAGCUGGAGUCGCGACGCAGCUGCACCGACCACCAUGUCUACCCACGACACUCCCCCACCUGACAGCGUUGCCAUCACUCUCCUGAGGACAUUAUCUGGAGAGGAGAAGGGAAGGAGGCUGAUCCAGGCAGCUAUUCAGGGCUCAAUGGAGGAGUUGCAGGCCCUGCUGGCGGCUGGAGUGAACGUGGGGGCGAGGGACAUGAAUGAGUGGACCCCCAUGCAUUGGGCAGCUGGCAGGGGAUACGAGGAGAUGGUGAGGCGUCUGCUGGCGGCAGGUGCGGACGUGGGGGCGAGGGACAAGUUCCAGCAGACGCCGCUGCACUUGGCUGCAUGGGGCGGCCGCCCAGCUGUCGUCAGGCUGCUGUCGGCGUCCUCUGCCGACCCAAACGCCAGGGAUGUGGACGGGUGGACGCCGUUGCACUCUGCAGCAUUCAAUGACGAGACAGAAGCAGCGACGGCGCUGCUGGAGGCAGGGGCUGACAGGGGGGCCAUAGACAACAAUGGGAGAACCCCGCUGGACAUCGCCAGACAGUACAACCAGCAGCAGGUGAUAGACGUGCUAUGAUCAACCUGUGGACUAAAAUAAAUAAAUCUUUUUACAGUA